GCUCUCAAUGCCUCGGAUUUUUUUUUUUGCUCCUUCCUGUGUCUUGUUUGUGCGCUUGUUUUCUUGCAGCUGUCUCGUUCCGUUGCGCUCCUCUGCGUUGUUCUGUUUUCUUACUCAACCGAAUGGAUUAUAAAACAUAGAAUGUGGCUGCUUACCGCGAAUUACGCACCCUAUUUACUUCCGAGCAUCGCCUUUCUUUGCAGAAUUCCGCCUCGGUUUUCUUAUUUUUUCGACGAUGGAUUAAUUUGGAAAAACGUAUAAAUGCACCCGCCAUCGAGGAGAUAUCGUGUAUUUCAUCUAGGAGAGGUGUGUGGGCCUCGGCUGUAUUGUGGCUCGCGCGCUGCUGGCCAUGAAGGGUCCAGGCGUCCCAGAGAAUCGCCGCCUGCUCGGCCUGCUGGAGGCGGCGCUGGUGCGGGAAGCGCGUCUCUGGAAGGCCCCUGUCUUCAAGGGCGGAUUCAUCCAGGGUGGUGACAUCUCGUUGUCCCAACACCAAGACAUGAUCGUGUGGCUGGGAGACAUGAACAGACGCUUCCACUUCUGCCCAGAGACCUUUGCGUUGGGCGCGUGCGUCCUCAACAGGAUGCUCUCCACCGUCAAAGCACAGCCCAAAUACUUUAAAUGUAUCGCUUUUACCUCACUGGUCCUGGCUGCCAAGAUUAACGAGGAAGACGAGGUCAUAGGUUCGGUCAGCGACUUGGUUGCGCAGAGCGGCUGCAGCUUUUCCACAGCGGAGAUUGUUCGGAUGGAGCGCAUCAUUUUGGACAAGCUGCACUGGGAUUUAUACACAUCCACACCCGUCGACUUCAUUCACAUUUUCCACGCCCUGCUGGUCUAUGGCCAUCCUCACCUCAUUCCAUCCACGGGCCAUCAGAAGAGACCUCCGGGCUUCCAGGUGGCGCUGUGGACCAGGCAGGUGCAGCACUGUAUGGCCUGCCACCAACUUUGGCAGUUCAAGGGUUCCACGUUGGCCUUGGCCAUCAUCACCUUGGAGUUGGAGGCGCUCACACCCGAUUGGUUCUCUGUCUUUACGGACCUGCUGAAGGAUGCACAAGUAGACAGCGUCGAGUUCAUCCACUGCAAGGAAAUGGUGGACGAGCAUCUCCGCAGCCUGGAGUUCGCCCUGCCCGACAACGCGGUCUAUAUCUUUGACAGCGCCCACAUCCACGAAGGAGAGGCGGACAAAGUCCGGCCUCCCUCACGCCGCCUCCGAAGGAGGAGCAAGAAGGGGCCAUCCGCGGACCGGUUCCGGGACUCGGAUGAGUAUUAUGACGGUUUAAAGCGUUUGUACAGUGAAGAAACUUGCUCGAAAGUGGAGGGAGGAAGCGUAGGGGGGUCGCCGUUUGAUUCCUCGCAGGAGAGCGCCUCGCCGUGCCCACCGCUGCACCCCCCCAAUUAAGCCGCGAUACAUUUGGGCCGAGCAUACUGGAAUUCCCAUCGUUGUUCGGAUUGGCCGUAUUUUGUCUACGUUACAAAUGUCGGUGCAAUAACGUUUUUAACUUUGACUCCACGUCACAUUGAGUUACUGUUUUAGUCCUUCUUCACUUCCAUGUAAAUUGAAUAUGAUGCAGUAAGCUGUUGGUUGACUGAAGAGCGGUCCAUUUCCUAUUUUGUACUUUAAUUUAACAGAUGUUUGGUUUUAUGAAUGCCACAAAAAGAUUUUACUUUGUGUGAAAGAUGUUCUUUGGGGGGGGGGGGGGGGGUCAUGUUUUUUUUAAUCCUUUUGGGAGUUUAAAUCCUGAUUUUGCCACGGUAGCACUUUUCAGAGGACUUUUAAAAGUUUUCAUUUAAUCAUAUUUACUUUAACUCAUGCCAACCAUUUCUUUACAAAAAGCUUUAAUUUUAUAACUUACUGCUGCGACUGAUUUUAAUUCAUUCUUCCACUUGUGUUGAUUUUCCUAAGCACCCCAGCAAAAAUCAUGUGAUUAGCAACCGCAACACUCAUCAUGCCGUUGUUGAUGCUUCUACAUUGGGAUUAAAAUGUCCUAUUGCAUUUAGCUAAAAUGCUCUCAUUAUGUUACUUGCACACGAAAAAAAAGUUCUACUGAAGUGUCACAAUUUCCUGAUCUGGUUGAUUUUGUAUACAAAGUGGUUACUGUUCUCACAAUGGAGCUAAACUAAGUGACCAGUGUUCUUCCUCACAUCCCCAGGCAGCUAUACGCGAAAUAUCUUUUGUUUUGACUGUACUACACAAUAAAGAUACAAGCUCCAGAGUUAAA